UGAGAGUGACUAGCAGGGACGGGUUCCCUCUCUGGCAAGAGCGGUGCACCCAUCUCCACUGCCUGAGUUAGUCAGGUCAGCGAGGAGGAGCCAAGCCAACAAAGAGGGGCAUCGCUGGCCCCACAGACACCAAGGGUCCCAGGGGAGAUCCAAAGCGAAGGGCACUGCUGGUCCCCCCCAAAAAAACAGUUAGAGGGGCAUAUAGGAGAGAAGAAAGCAUUGUGGAACCGUUAUCGUUUCAAGAAGACCUGGACUGGUUCCUCAGGAUCAAUGGGACCAGGCUAGAUCAGUAGGAGCUUUGAAAGAGGACGACUAAGAGUCUAGGGCGAUGGCGCUGAUUUGCCGCUAUCUGCUGGUGGUAGUGUUGUGGAUUGGGGACAGAGAAGGGGCUGGUGGUGAGCAGAUUAAGCAGGCCCAGGCUCCUCUUAUCCCUCAUCGGCCCUUCAUCGUAGUGUGGAACGCCCCCACAGAGUCCUGCCGCCUUCGCUUCAAGGUGGACCUGGACCUCAGCGUCUUUGACAUCGUGGCCAACCUCAACGAGACCCUUAGCGGGCCCAAUGUCACCAUCUUCUACCAUAGCCACCUGGGCUAUUAUCCUUACUACGCCAGCUCUGGGAACCCCAUCAACGGGGGCCUGCCCCAGAACCAGAGCCUGUCCAAGCACCUGAGCAAGGCCAGGGCCGACAUCGACAAGCUCAUCCCUCACAAGGACUUCCGAGGCCUGGGUGUCAUUGACUGGGAGAACUGGAGGCCCCAGUGGGUGCGCAACUGGGGCUCGAAGGACAUCUACCGCAACAAGUCCAAGGAGCAGAUACGGAAGCUCCAUCCAGAUUGGCCUGAGAGCAAGGUGGAGAAUGAGGCCAAGGAGGCCUUUGAGAGGGCCGGACAGGCCUUUAUGAACAAUACUCUACUGUUGGCCGAAAGUCGACGACCUGACGGCCUCUGGGGCUUCUACUUGUUCCCCGACUGCUACAACUAUGGCUACAAGACGCACCCGCAUCGCUACACAGGUGAAUGCCCCAACGUGGAGCAUGUCCGAAAUGACCAUCUGAUGUGGCUUUGGAGGGAGAGCACAGCUCUCUACCCCUCCGUGUACCUAGACUAUGAACUCAUGUCCUCGGCCAACACCGUCAAGUUUGUCCACUACCGCGUCAAAGAGGCCAUGAGGAUUGCCUCCAUCGCACGCACCGACUUCACCCUGCCUGUGUUCGUCUACUCUAGACCCUUCUAUGCCUACACCUUCACGGUCCUCUCAGAGAGUGACCUGGUGCACACUAUUGGAGAGAGUGCAGCUCUUGGGGCGUCAGGAGUGGUACUUUGGGGCUCCUCAGAAUAUGCUCGAACUCAGAGAAACUGCCUGACCGUGAAGAAGUAUAUUGAUGGCCCGUUAGGCCACUAUGUCAUCAACGUCACCUCAGCCGCCAAGCUGUGCAGCAAAGCCCUGUGCAAGAAGAACGGCAAGUGUGUGAGGAAGAGCCUCGACUCAGGAGCCUACCUCCACCUCAACCCCCGCUUCUUCCACAUUCGCCGCAACCUGGGCCCCCGGGGUCCCCGCUUCCACGUGAGCGGCCAUCUUAACAACCACGACAUCCUGGACAUGAAGCACAAGUUUACCUGCCAGUGCUACCAAGGCUGGACGGGGGUCUACUGCGAGAUGCCCCAGAUGCCACCGCUCCCUCCCAUGCCCCGACCUAGGGACAACAGCCUGCUAGGGGACAUACUGGUCAUCCUGUCACUUCACUUCUCCUGUCUGUGUGUCAUCAUGUUCCUUGGUCUCUGCCUCAUCAUCAAGUGCUUGAUACUGUAGAGAGAGGAGUACCCAGCAAACUGGGAACAUUCCCAGGACAUUAAAUAACAUUCUUAUUAAGUUCCAGCUAACAUUAGGAUGAUAACAUCCCACAAACAUUUUUAAUCACCAAAUCUUUUUUUAUAAGAAAUGUUUCAAAUGAAAUAUAAUUGGAAUGUGCUCCUAACAUUCACUAAAUUGUUGUGCACAACAUCUGGUUAAACUACCACAGAACAUUCCCCUAAGGUUCACAUUAGGUUGCCAGGGAAUAUAAUAACACAACAUUGUGGUAAUGUUCUCAGAACUUACUGGCGCAACAAAAUGUGGAUGAAAUAGUGGUUGUGUGGAAACAUUACCGGAGCGUUCUGCUGAUUGUGAUGGAAUUGUUAUUCAAAACAAUAAGCAGGGAAUAUUCCUACAAUGGUCUCAUGAAGUUAUAGUGUGACAUUAUGACACAAUGUUCCAAAAACAUCCCCGAACAAACUUCAGCAAUUAUGUCUGGAUUCAAUUGAAUAGGUUCUGAAAAAUCUGUCCCAAUCAUUCAAAUUUUAAAUAUUUGGAAGUAGAUAUAUUUCCUUGCGGUCAUAAAACAAUUGCCAGAAACUUUAAUAGAAUGCUGAAAUCAAUUCAAUCCGACCCCAGUAGACAGAUUAACAUCCCAAUUGCUUUCACUGGCAGAAAAUCUAUUGUCAAAAUGAAUAUAUUGCCACGGCUGAAUAUCUGUAGGUCAAUGCUUCCCAUGUCUCCCCCUUCUGGCUAUUGGGAUAAAAUUCAUAUUGUAGUUUCAAAAUGUAUAUUGAAAGGUAAGCAAUCCAGGAUACAAAUAAAAAACAUUUAGAAAUGUACAAAGAGGGAAAGACGUAGGAGGACUAUACGUACCAAACUUUAAAUUGUAUUUCCAGGCACUGAAAUUUCGCCCCAUCCUAAAUUGGUUUACUGAUAUUUCCCUUAAACAAUGUAAACUACGUUUUGGUCCUAUUGUUGCUCAUACAAUUUCUAUUUGGCACAUAAUGGUUUGAGAACAGUCCAAGAUUUGAAAAACACAUUCACAUUUCCAGGCAUCUCUUUCUAUAUUUACAACUUCGGUCAGCUAUGCUGGCCUAUGGAGUAUCUCGGGAAACCCAACUACCAAACCCUCCAAUGAUGGGAUUUAUAUAUAAAUGAUCUGGGCUACCAAAAGGAGAAAUCUCUUCCGUAUAUAAACACCUUUUGGAAAGCUCAUAUUCAGAGGUAGCCAUAAAAAAUGUAUGGUCUACAGAUCUAAGUGAAUUUGAAUAACCCUUUAACUGGAAAAGAAUAUGGAAACACAUAACCUUAGAAUCCCAUAAUCCGAACCAUCAAUGUAUAUAUUUUACAUUUGUUCACAGACUGUAUUUAAUACCAAGGAAAUGUUUUACUAUGAAAUUGGCCAUAAUUUAUUUUUUACUUUUCUUUUCCUGUAUAUACAGAAUGUAUUAUUACUUCAACUCUAAAAUAUUAUCAAAACUAUCAAUACGUUGUAGUUAUGUACCUUUUGUAAUGUUUUUUCAUGAAAAUGAUUCUUCUUCUUUUGAGUGGCAGCCCAUAGGUACAAUGUGUAAAAUAAUGAAUUGAAAAUAUAUGAAUGGAAUAAGAAAUCAUAAACAUUUAAAUAUUGUACCUGUAA